AUGUUAAUCACUGAAAGUUUCCACGACGUGAAGACCUCUGCGGAGACCACACUACGUAUCUACGUUUUUACUCCCAAAGUUAGAGGUUAUCCAAGGGCAAAAUUCCCCGGUGUUAUUGUGUACAGUGAGAUUUACCAGGUCACCGGGCCAGUUAGAAGGUUUGCUCAAAAAAUAGCUGCCGAAGGGUACGUCACCGUGGCACCUGCCAUAUAUCACAAUUUUGUAGGUCCAGAACCAUUAAAUUAUGAUGUAGAAGGCACAGACAUGGGUAAUGAGUUUAAAAUCAAAAAACGUUUGGAUUCGUAUGAUGAAGAUAAUAGGUUGUGUUGUGAUUUACUUCACUCAUUGUCUCAAUUUGAUGGUAAGAAUAUUGGGGCCACUGGAAUGUGUCUUGGUGGACAUCUAGCUUUCAGAGCACUUUUAGAUAAGAGAGUUAAAUGCGCUACAUGUUUUUUCCCAACUGAUAUUCAUUUGAAGAGUCUGGGUCUUGGCAAGAACGAUGACACUCUAGAAAGAAUUUCCAAAGAAGCUUUUGCUGAUCAAGAGCUUGUUUUAAUUUUUGGUACCUUAGACACGCAUGUUUCUCCAGAGGGAAGAGAUUUAAUCAGAAAAACAUUGAGAGAUCACAAGGUUAGCUUCACCUUCCUGGAAAUCUUGAAUGCCGAACAUGCAUUCAUCCGUGAUGAAAGCAGCAAAGGAAGGUAUGAUGCUUCGAUCACAGAAAGCUGUUUAGGAUUCAUGUUCGAGCAAUUCAAUAGAAAAUUGAAGAUAGAGCUAGGAGCUUUUGACAACGAUUCCAAAUCGCCAGAACACGUCUGUUAA